GGCUCCACCCCCGGAGGCCCCGCCCUGCUCCCGUGCUCUGAACGCUCCAUAUCCGGGUUCCCGCCGCCGCCGCCGCCGCCGUCGCCGCCGCCGCCUCCUCCUCGCUCAUUCAGCUUUGCCGGGAGUGGUGUGAUUCCCGACCAAGAUGGCGGCUGUGGGACGAGUCGGCUCCUUCGGUUCCUCUCCGCCGGGAUUAGCCUCGACUUACACGAGCGGCCCUUUGGCCAACGAGCUCGCAUCGGGCAACGGUGGCGCCCCAGCAGGCGACGACGAGGACGGGCAGAACCUUUGGUCCUGCAUCCUCAGCGAGGUCUCCACCCGCUCGCGCUCCAAGCUCCCCGCGGGAAAGAACGUGCUGCUGCUGGGUGAAGAUGGAGCUGGAAAAACAAGCUUAAUAAGAAAAAUUCAGGGAAUAGAGGAGUAUAAGAAAGGAAGAGGAUUGGAAUAUUUGUAUUUAAAUGUUCAUGAUGAAGACAGGGAUGAUCAAACAAGAUGUAAUGUGUGGAUCCUAGAUGGAGACCUGUAUCACAAAGGCCUCCUUAAAUUUUCACUGGAUGCCAUUUCUCUGAAGGACACUCUGGUUAUGCUGGUUGUUGACAUGUCAAAGCCCUGGACUGCUUUGGAUUCUUUACAGAAAUGGGCAAGUGUUGUUAGAGAACAUAUUGACAAAUUGAAAAUCCCUCCUGAAGAAAUGAAGGAAAUGGAACAAAAGUUGAUUCGAGAUUUCCAAGAAUAUGUGGAACCAGGAGAAGAUUUCCCAGCUUCUCCUCAAAGAAGAAAUACAGUGUCGCAGGAAGACAAAGAUGACAGUGUGGUUUUACCUUUGGGUGCAGAUACACUCACACAUAACUUGGGCAUUCCAGUACUAGUAGUUUGCACAAAGUGUGAUACGAUUAGUGUUUUGGAGAAAGAACAUGACUACAGAGAUGAACAUUUUGAUUUUAUUCAGUCACAUAUCCGCAAGUUUUGUUUACAGUAUGGUGCAGCACUUAUUUACACUUCAGUAAAAGAGAACAAAAAUAUAGAUUUGGUAUAUAAAUACAUCGUUCAAAAACUAUAUGGGUUUCCCUAUAAAAUUCCUGCUGUCGUUGUAGAAAAAGAUGCAGUAUUUAUUCCAGCAGGGUGGGAUAAUGAUAAGAAAAUAGGAAUAUUACAUGAAAAUUUUCAAACAUUAAAAGCAGAAGAUAAUUUUGAAGACAUUAUAACUAAGCCACCAGUCCGAAAGUUUGUACAUGAAAAGGAAAUUGUGGCAGAAGAUGACCAAGUGUUUCUUAUGAAGCUACAGUCCCUUUUAUCAAAACAACCACCAACGGCAGCUGGAAGGCCUGUGGAUGCCUCACCAAGAGUCCCAGGAGGUUCCCCUCGAACACCAAACAGAUCUGUGUCAUCCAAUGUUGCCAGCGUAUCACCAAUCCCUGCUGGGUCAAAAAAAAUUGAUCCAAACAUGAAAGCUGGAGCGACAAGUGAAGGUGUCCUGGCAAAUUUCUUUAAUAGCUUGCUGAGUAAAAAGACCGGCUCUCCAGGAGGCCCGGGUGUUGGCAGUGGGAGCCCAGGAGCUGGCGCUGCGGGUGGAAGCAGUGGUUUACCACCAUCUGCCAAAAAGUCAGGCCAGAAGCCUGUCCUAUCAGAUGUUCAUGCAGAACUAGACAGAAUUGCACGAAAACCAGUUACAGUUUCUCCUACCACACCUACGUCUCCUACGGAAGGAGAAGCUUCUUGAAGAUACCAAAUAAAGCCAUUUAUUCAGUUUUCUGGGAUAAUGUAAACUUGCCUCUGCUUUUUCCUUCAAAAGUGGAUUAGGGAACUGGAGUGCUUUUUCAGAUGGACUAAAUUUGUGUCUUGGUGUAUGGUUGCCCGUUUUACAAAAGGGAUCAAUACAGAAGAAAAUUUUACAACAUGUAGGGUUGCUGUUUGCAUUGCCACUUUGCAUACAGAGUAAUUUUGGAUUUUGAAAAUCGUAUAAUUUAUAGAUCUGAAAUGCAACCAUAUGAUCAUAUUCUAAAGGCAAUAUAAAAUAGGUAGGAAGGUUUAGGGCAGGGCAGAAAAUAUAAUAUGCUUUGGGCAUUUGAUUGACUUGGAAGUCCAAACUUAUUUUAGUUAAGAUUAUAAAAUCAUUUUAAAAAGCGCAUGUUAGUUUUGCUGAAAAGGAAAAAACGAUUGUCCGAUUUUCCAUACCAACAUAAAUAUGCCACCUUACAUUAAAUAUGCUGAGAAAACUGUCAGAUAUUAUUUGAUAUACUAGUCAGCUGUCUCAAUCCAUGAUCCUAUUAAUUGUCAUCAAAACAUGAUUUUGAAUAUUGACCAACAUUUGUUUCUUUAACCAAGAAAAGGAAGCACACUGCCUAAAUGUGUAAAAGAAAAAUGCAGAGGUUAUUAAAAUGUAAAAAGGUAUCAGUCUUUGGAUUUGUCUAUAUAUAUAUAUAUAUAUCUAUGUCUAUAUAUAUAUAUAUGGCUCUGCCUUAAUAUACCCUUUUUGUUCGUGACUCUCAACUGUAAUCAGUUAAUAAAGUAUUUAUUCUCUGCAUUCAGGUUCAAAUAACUUGUUGCAUUCUAUAUUUAAAUUAGUUUUUAUCAGAUAGUGACUAUAACUUAUUGGUAUUUUGAAGUAUUUGACUUAAGAGAUUAUUAAAUGUCCUGUUCUAAGACACAACUAUAGUAGGUUCACUAUGCUGUAAGUUUCCUUAAAUUGGAAAGCAUGUAUCAAAUUCUGGAAUUUAUGUCAGCAUUUCUAGUAGAUAAAAAUAUAGCCAUUUAUCAUUAUUUAAUGGAAAGAAGCUAAUUUAAAAGCUUGACUCAUGCACUGAUAGUUACUGUCAUAGUUGGGUCUUUUCUAUUAAAGUUCAGCUUCCUGGCUUUACUGUUCCUAGGGAGUGGCUAACGUCCUGGUAUCUCUGUUUGGCCCCUCUCUCUGGCCUCCCAUCUUGCUCUUUAUCUCUGUGUCUCUGUAGGAUUGGCCUCCCCAAAAAGGUCAGAGAGGCUCUUUCCAGAGUGUUCAAAGGAGGCCUUUUCCAACACGUACCACCUCACUGUGUGGGACUGAGGUCCACUGAGGUUGAGUUACAGCAUUAUAUAAAGAAUGCAGAUUACCUAGAUUUAGGGAUGUUCCUAGAGACAACUUUUUUAUCAGAGAAAACUCUCAAGACAGGGCAAACAGAACAAACCCAUGAAAUCUGUGGACUAAAGGCUCUUAGAAAGUGGGGAGCAAUGAGGAGGGGGCUAGUGGACUGUUGGAGAGGAUUAUUACAACUUCAGUGGUGGGCAUAACCUAAACCUCGAAAACAUGGUGUUGUAAGCCAACCCUACCAUAAUAAAAAAGGCAGACGUCCAAAA